AUGGCGUUGAAGAACGAGGGCUUCCUGACAGACGAGCAGAGGGAGGUGCUAAAGAUCGCAGUACAGAGCGCGGAGGGGCUGUCGUCGUCGCCCAAAUCACCUUCGUCCAUGCUCAAUGACCACAACUUCAAAGCGCCGACUGCGGGAGUGAGAGUGCCUACUGGGGGAAACGCUAUUCGUCAUAUGCGUCGGUCGCACUCGGGAAAACUAGUUCGAGUGAAAAAGGGUUUGUAGUCUUGGGCUGUUUGACCUCAGUUAUUCGUUACUUUUAUAGGUGUAUCCAUCAUCACAAUGUUUGUCUCAUUUUGAUUGGACAAUUUUUCAAGGCAGCAUAGAAUCUCAUGUUUAACCGGUUGCUCUUAAUGGAUUUUACCGUGUGAGGUUUUUCUGCUGUCGGUUCCAUGUCGUGUCGCAUCCUUGCGUAGUCUUGCCUGCUUUGUUCUGCUUCACUAAAGAUAAUUUCUAGAUGUCUAGCUCUAGUUUAGCGUUAAGUGAUUCAUAACUGGUUGGACUUCACUGUGGUGCACACGCAUAUGCGUCUGCAAAACUUCAUCUUCUUCAUUCAGCUGAACAAAUCUUAACUGUUUUCAUGGUUCCCCUACUUUUUUCUUUUCAUAGGGUGACACCAAUCGCCAUCUGUUGUUCAUAGCAAUGUGUAUUGCUAUAAGUUCCUCCGUUUGAGAGUUUCUUUGAGGUUUUCUUCUCUCAUCAUUUUUCUUCUUUAGAAGACCGGAAUUGCUUUAUCAUGUAGGUACAAAGUGACAUUCAGUCUUGUUAUCAUGGGUUUAAGCAAAAUCCUGUAUGUUAACAAAAAAGAAUUAUCCUCAAAUUUUAUUUAGUUUCAGCAUUCAGAAGUUUACCUUAGGGAGUCAGCUAAGUUUUAAGGCAUUUUUUUUAUAGAUGCUCCUACAAAUAGAAAUUAUUGUCAAUGAUAACUUCUACAUUCUGAACGUUGCUUCUCAAGGUUUCAUCUAAAAAAAUUGACUAAACAUCGAAAAAAAUUGAAGGAUUUUAUCUGUACUUUGUUAUUAAUAAUGAAUUUGAAUAGGUGUCUUGUCAUCUUCGUUUUUUGAAUUAUAUGACACAAAAUUUUCCUCACUGAAUUGUUCGUUCAAAAUUAUAUUCAUGUUCUUUGUUUUCAAUUCUGCGGAUUAUGUAUAGUCUAUAUCCUUGAACUUCACCAAACAGAGAUUAUUGAGAUGUUAACAUUGACACUUCUAUUAUCUAAGGAUACAUCUUUUAAUAUUCUAAUUUCGUACUACCCUGAGUGGUGAAUUGUUCAUUUUUCCGUUGUAUGGGUACUAGUGGUGUUAGUGUGUAAAUGGUUAGCAGAAAUACAAUGCGUUUGGGAGACAGGAAAAUUAUGGGCAUCAAGAAUCAAUCUUGAGAUAUGGAACAGCUGUCAAAAAUGCAUGCUAUAAUAUUCUACUGCUCUUGAGUAAUUUUUUUUAGUCAAACCUGCCGCACCCAUGACUUUUCAAAUUCUGUUCUUAUUAAUGGGAAAAAGCAGAAGAAUUCCUUGCCGUCCCAAAAUCUUGCUUUUUCUACCCCAUUUAUAGAACCAAUUAAAUGCCUCUCUGCCUUCCAGUUCAAUAGAGCAUAUUUUUUGUGGACAGGUGUGAAGGCACUGGAAUAAUUUUUCUUUUGCCAUCUUUAGUGGGGAAAUUUAUCCUAGACCAUGAUUUUUUUUUUAGGCUGUUGUAGAAAGAACCUAGGCCUAUGUAGAGAAAGGGCCUUCCCUUUCUUCUGUAAUCUUAGUUUUAGUAACUGAUUUCAAUUUCAAUACUGAUUAUCAUAAAAUGUCUGUUUUAAACGAGCUUGCCCUAUGUUUUGUUUCUUCAUAAUAGUCGGAAACAACACUUACCUUGUCUAUUAUAUGGAAUGUUGAGGAUUAUGUAACUCUGUGAACUGCCUCUUGUCAAUCGAUCAUUUAAAGCAUUUUGAGGUUCACUGUAAGAAUGGUGAAACGUAGUUAUAAUUUAAAAAUGAGCAAAUAUCCACGGUGAGAAAUAAUACGGUUUCUAACUUUUCUUUCAUUUUGAUUUUAUUUUUUUGAAUGUGAGAGCAAGUGACCGAUGUUUGAUUCAUUGCUAUACCCAGGGAUAGGCAUAUAUUGAAUUAAUUACUGCUAUUUUGGAGCCUGCAUGUAUUUGGUCAUAGGGGGCUGUUAGACCUUAUGGGCACACGUUUUUCGGUAUGAUUUUAUGAUUCCUUACAUCUAACGGUGGUUUCUACUAGGGUAUCACGUUCCUCUUCCUUUGGAGUAAGAUAAAUUACGCAUUUAGCUUUAAUUUUCAACCACAAAGGACAAACAGGGAAGGCCAUAGUCAAUUUUAAAGUAGUCUUACUUUUAUCUGAGUUUUUGUAAUCAGUCUUUAUCUUGAGAGGUAAAGUGCUCUGAGUACUUAAAUUAUAAAAGAUAAGGCUGGCUUAUUUUGUAUUACGCUGGAGCUGCAAAACCUGAUUCGCAUACUGGUUUGGUUGUGACAUAAGACCUGGCUUGGCUUGGUUUUGCUUUGUGCGAUCUAACAUGUAUGGAGGGGAUUAAAAUGUCAACCGGAUGGCUCAUGUUUCAAAAAUUUUGAUUAACGUGUGGAACUAACAUGAGCCAGUUGCAUUCCCGUCUGAGGCAAAUACCUUCUCCCCGCCAUGAGGAGAACCGCGGCUGGGGAGGAGAAGGAAAGAAAAACAAGAGGAAAAAAAUGAAGAUACUAAGAAAGUAGAAAAUGUAUACAUGUGUCGGCCCUCACUGAGUGAUGGCUGUUGCAACAGCAGCAUAGUGGUCCCAGCCUCCAAUCCGCCAUUUUUUUUGUUAAUUUUCCUCUUAGUCUCUCCGUAGCAUUUUUCUCCAUCUAAACAGCCUGCAUCAAUACCUUAACAAUAGUUGUUGAAGUUUCUCUCACGUUUGUUCUGUGACAUUUUUGGUCCCACUCGGACCGGAAAUUUUGUCCUUCCAAAAUAUUAAACAAUCAACUGGUCCUUGAAGGGCUUACGUUUUAACAUCUUAGUUGAAGAUUCUGGUAAUAGAUUUUGGUUGCUAAACCUUCAGGGUUGGAUUAAGUCAUAAGCGUAUUCUGCACUGUUAUCCUUGUAGUGAGAACUUAUUCUGUACUGCUGUUAGAUUCUUUUCACAUGCGAUCCUUGUAAGCUUUUAUUUUUAUUUUCAUUGGUAAGCUUGGCUUCUGAUCUUCGGUUUUUGUUAUGUUGAUAAGCAGAUGGUGCUGGCGGAAAGGGGACAUGGGGUAAACUACUCGACACUGAUACUGAUACACACAUCGACAAGAAUGAUCCAAAUUACGACAGUGGUGAGGUAUGCGUCUGACUUAAGUCACAUGAAGUUCUGAUCUCGUGGUUAUCUACGUAUUUUGCACACCAUAGAUUUCUUAUUCUAGUUCUAAAAACCCUUUUUCUAUGCGUUAUGAACUUAGGAGCCAUACGAGCUUGUGGGUGCGACUGUUUCCAGCCCUGUAGAUGAUUACAAGAAGGCUGUUGUCUCAAUAAUUGAGGAAUACUUUAGCACCGGUGACGUGGACCAGGCUGCUUCAGAUCUUCGAGAUCUUCAUUCUGAUGAAUACCAUCACUACUUUGUGAAGAAGCUUGUGUCCAUGGCAAUGGACAGACACGAUAAAGAGAAAGAAAUGUCGACAGUCCUUCUGUCUGCUCUGUAUGCGGAUGUGAUCAAUUCUGCUCAUAUCAACAAAGGGUUUCUUAUGCUACUCGAGUCUGCAGAUGAUCUGACACUCGACAUUGUGGACACUGUUGAUGUCCUGGCUCUCUUCAUUGCUCGUGCAGUCGUUGACGACAUCUUGCCCCCUGCUUUCCUGAAAAGGGCCAGGGAGAAGCUCUCUGAGACGUCCAAAGGAUUCCAGGUCAUUCAGACGGCUGAGAAGAGCUACCUGUCUGCUCCCCACCACGCAGAACUUGUGGAGCGGAGAUGGGGUGGCAGCACCCACAUCACUGUCGAAGAGGUUAAGAAAAAGAUUGUGGACUUAUUGAGAGAAUACACUGAGAAUGGCGACACAACAGAGGCCUGCCGGUGCAUACGGGAGUUGGGGGUCUCCUUCUUCCACCAUGAGGUAGUGAAAAGGGCCAUCAUCCUGGCCAUGGAGGUUCCAGCAUCAGAGUUGCUCAUACUGAGACUUCUAAAGGAAGCUGCUGAAGAGGGCCUGAUCAGCUCCAGUCAGAUGGCAAAGGGCUUCCUUCGGCUUGCUGAGGCCCUUGAUGAUCUUUCCUUGGAUAUUCCCUCAGCAAAACCCACAUUCCAGUCAUUAGUUCCCCGGGCCAUAUCUGAAGGAUGGCUUGAGCCGUCAUUUCUGAAGUCCACUGCAGCAGAUACCCUGGAUGUGGAUGUGGAUGUGGAUGUGGAUGUGGAUGACAAGAAGCUGAGGCGAUACAAGGAAGAAGCUGUGGCCAUCAUCCACGAGUAUUUUCUCUCCGACGACAUUCCCGAGCUGAUUCGCAGCCUCGGGGACCUUGCUGCUCCGGAAUAUAACCCCAUUUUUCUGAAGAAGCUGAUAACCCUGGCCAUGGACAGGAAGAACAGAGAAAAGGAGAUGACAUCCGUCCUGCUCUCAGCUCUACACACAGAGUUGUUCUCAACUGAAGACAUCGUCAAUGGAUUCAUCAUGCUUCUCAAGGAUGCCGAGGACACUGCACUGGAUAUACUCGAUGCCUCGAACGAGCUUGCCUUCUUCCUUGCGAGGGCGGUGAUAGAUGACACAUUGGUGCCCCUCAAUCUGGUGGAAAUUGGCGGCAGGCUUCCUCCGGGCGGCAGUGGGAGCGAAACCAUCCACAUGGCCCGGACACUCAUCUCUGCCCGUCAUGCCGGUGAGAGGCUCCUCAGAUGCUGGGGUGGUGGCUCAGGCUGGGCAGUGGAAGAUGCAAAGGACAAGAUAACAAAGCUUCUAGAAGAGUAUGAGAGCGGAGGGCACAUUGGUGAGGCCUGCCAGUGCAUCCGUGACCUUGCGAUGCCCUUCUUCAGUCAUGAAGUGGUGAAGAAAGCGUUGAUCAUGGACAUGGAGAAGAAGAACAGCAAGAACAGCAGGAUUCUGUCUCUGCUCCAGGAAUGCUUCAGCGAGGGCCUAAUCACCACCAACCAGAUGACCAAGGGGUUUUCAAGGGUCCGUGACGCCCUCGAGGACCUGGCCCUGGACAUCCCUGAUGCUGGGGAGAAGUUCCUGUCUUACACAGAACUGGCCAGGGCGCGUGGCUGGCUGUUGCCAGCUUUUCCAUAUCCCUCGUUGGCUACACCAAUUGCCGCCAGUUGA